AUGUGGGCCUCGAGCCUAACCUCGCCGGCGCUGGGCAAGGUGCGGCUGACGGAGGAGUCGUGGAUCUCGCUGGACGCGCGGGGUGUGCUGGGCGAAGAUGUCACGGCGCCGUUUGUGCGUUGGCUGUGCGAAAGUGUCCUGCCCGCGAACGCCGUUCUGAGGGAGCAGCUGGAGACAAACGUGCUGCUGGAUCUGCGCCUCGCCACGGCACGCGGCGUGUAUGCAAAGAAGGCGUUCAAGCGGGGGGAUGUGGUGCUCACGAUCCCUCUCUUGUCGGCCACCCCUAGCGCUGCCCCCAGCUGCGCGGCGUGGCUUUCCUUAAACAGUGAGACGCUGGCGAAGUACUCCACGGCUGCCCAGCAGCGAGUCGGACUACCGUCGUACGACACCGUCAAGCAGGUCCUCUCCGUGCGGCGCUCUUCCUUCGAUCCGAUUCCGCAUCCCCUCUUCCUCGAUCAGGUCUGCGCAGCGCUGCUGCUCGCGUGUGAGAAGGCAGACGGCGAGGGAAGUCCGCUUUACCCGUAUCUGCGGCUGCUGGACUCCGCGGAGCUCUUUGACGACGAGGCCAUCAAGGCGUUGCACCUUGGCGUGCUGGAGCCGACGACCCAUAUGGAGUACGACGAACACGCGAAGAGGUUUCGACAUUACAUGCGGAAGCUUCACGCGGUCUGGUGGGCGGCGUACGAAUCAGCGACAGGGCGAGGACCGGGUGCGGACGUUGCAGGCGCGGCGGGUGAUAGAGCCGGUGCUGCCGCUGCGCUCGCCUCAUGUGUGCCGAUUCUGCGCAUUGGCGGGGAGCCCAGCGCAACCUCUGUCACCGUCGACACACAGGGCAGAUGUUAUCAAGACGUCGGUAGCAAGGCUGUGGUGUCCGCCGCUGCAAACGUGUCAGACGUCGACGCCUCUGCAGCUCGGAUGGCGUGGAGGCCACCUCCGUCGCUGGACGACAUGACGUGGGCCCUUCGUGUCCUCUUAUCUCGCCAAAAGACACUGCCGCAUCUCCGCGUCGACAGGGCCGCCUUUGAGCGUGUGCGCGACGAGAACGUCGAGGGCGAGGCGCUGGACGCGUUUGGAAAGGCGGUGAUGAAGGGCAAAUACGCCUUCUACCAACACGUCCUGCGUGCCAUCGACGAGGACCGCCUACACGUGAAUGAGGUGGACCCCACGGUAAUACCCACCAUUGUGCCACUGUUGGACAUGGUGAGCCAUCCUCCCGGGGGCGUCCCGAAUGUGUCGUACACCGUGGAGAGAGUAGAGAGGACGGGAGAAGGCAGUGAUAGCACGUCAGAAGUCGGCACAAGUCUGCAUUGCGGUGACUUGACAAGCGGUAAGUCCACCAGCGCAUCUCCAUCUUACCAGGUGGUCGUGCGCGCCACGGACGACAUCGAGGAGGAUGAGGAGCUCACCGUUUCCUACGUCAAGUGCUACAGUGCUUCCUAUACUCUUUACCGCUACGGCUUCCUGCCACUGUCGAGACGUGAGGACGACGUGGCGGCGCUUCUCCAAGCAAACAACGUCGAUGGAAAGCUUCGACCUGCGCCUAGCAGCGGCUCCUCUCCAUCAUCCCUGUCCAAGGACAGCGUGAUGUCGGCUCUGAGGCGCUGGUGGCCUUCUAUGGUUGCCACUUGA